UUUGGAAAAGGAAUGAAUUCCCCUCAACUGGGGAAUGGCAUAUGAAAGUAAUGGAAUAUUAUCAUUCUAUUAAAAAAUGAUGGAACAGGCUGAUUUUUAAAAACCUGGAAAGAUUUACAUGAACCGAUGUUGAGUGAAACAAGCAGAACCAAGAAAACAUUGUACACAGCUACAAGAUGUAUGAUGAUCAACUAAGAUAGAUGUGGCAUGCAAUUCUCACCAUUUUUCUUUUUUUUCCCUUCAUGGUUUUUUUCCCUUUUGUUGUGAUUUUUCUCUCCUAGCAUGACUCUCAUGGAAAUAUGAAAAAAAAAUGUACAUGUAACCUAAUUUAAAAAAAAAAUCAAAGUUUUUUGGGAGGACAGUUGGUAGGUAGAAAAUCAAUAAAGGGAAUAGAGUAUUUUAAGAAAAACAUGGUAUCCCUGAGGGAGAAGUGAAGUUCCACUGUACUAGCUUGUACCAUAUCUAAAGUACCAUAUUAUUAUGGACAUAUUUUAAGAUGGAUAUUGACAGGAUAGAAUGUCCAGAGAAGAGAAAUCAGGAUACUGAAGAAUCUACUGAAGAAACUGGAGAGAUUUAGCUUAGAGAAAAUUUAGGGGAGGAUAUCUUUCGAAAGAGAAUCUUCGAAAAGCUAUAAUGUAGAAGAGGGGAUGCACUUGUUUUAGAGAGUAGAAUUAAGAGCAAUAACUAGAAGAUGCAGAGGAAUAUAUUUGGAAUCUAUAUAGGGAAAAAUGCUCCAGCUAUUUUCUUUGGUUGUUCUCCAUGUCUAAAAUACUUUUCCUCCUCCUUACUUUUUUCCUCCUGACUUUUCUGGUUUCUUUUAAAUUCCCACCUUUUACAAGAAGCCUUCACCAAUCCUUAAUCCAGUGCCUUUCCUCUAUUUUAACCUGAAUCUAGUUUACUUUGUAUAUAUUUAUUUGUUUGCAUGUUGUCGAAAGCUUCCAAGAGGCGGGAACUGACUUUUACAAACUUUAAUGUAUUCCCCGUUCUUAGCACAGUGCCUGGACAUAAUAGGCAUUUACAAAAGUUUGUUAGAGCUCUCCGAAAGUGGAACGGGGGGUCUCAGGAAAUAGUAGGCUCUCCCUUGCUGGAGGUCUUUGAAUAAAAAAUAGAUGGCCACUUGCUGAUGUGUUCUCGUUAGACUAAACAGCUAGAAUUCUGGUGUGGAGAUCUGUGGUUAGAAAAGAACGAAUUUGGGGGAGAAAGACCAAGUUGUGGGAGAUAGGGAAAGGGAAGCAGGGUAAAUCUGCUUUAGUGGGGAAUGAUUAGUGAACGAGCUGACUCUCAUCCUUCUUCAAGGCCCCUAGCAUUCUCAGGCCUCAAACUUCAAAGACUAUAAUUUGUCAGCUCCAGGGCCAAAGACUCAACCGUGCGCCCGUGACGUCAUGGUCCGGCCUCUCCCCUAUAAAAAGGGCUGGAAGGCGCGGUGUCGGGCCCCAGAAUGGACACAGGUAAGGGAAGAGAUCGGAACCGGGGCGCUAUUAGACCGCGUAUCUAACACCCGAGUCUAGGCUUUAAAUAAAACACUACCAAACUUCGACUGAGCAGCUCCUACAACCCGCCGAGAGGAAGAUGCAACUGCUAUUGAGGAUCCCUUCAGUUCCAGAGAGGAGCGAGAUGGACUGUAGUAUCUGCUACCGGCCUUACAACCUGCAAGGUCGGACGCCACGCCGCCUGCCCGGAACGGCGAGACAGCGAUGCGGCCACACGCUCUGUACCUCUUGUCUACGGGAGCUGGCUGCCCGUGGAGACGGCAGCUGCGCCUCCCGAGUGGUGCGCUUGCGCCGGAUGGUCAUUUGUCCUUUCUGCCGCGCGUCCUCACUGUUACCGCGUGGCGGUGUCACGCAAGUGCCUUUGGACCUGGAUUUGUGGUCUCUCCUGAAGGAGAAAGAAGGAAUGCAGGAAGAUGCCGGGAACUCGGGGCGAGAGCGCAGCGAAGCUUCAGAAAUCGUGAGGGAAGACGAAGACGAGGAAGGGGCGGGACCCUGGGGCAAGGCGUGGCGAAUGCUUCUUGGGCUCUGGGACAAAGCAGCGAGCCGGCGUAGGCGCCCGUUACCUAGCAAUGUGCUUUACUGCUGUCCAGAGAGCAAGACCCUUGCAGGCUGCUACAUGCUAUAACUGAGGAUACUGUGGGCUGUAACAAUGAAAAGUGGAAACAGCUGCCACCUCCUUUUGCUGCCCACCCACGAGGGUGGGUUAAAAAGCUUUUGUUCCUGCCAGCCUCAGGAAUUGGUGUGUUUGUGUGUGUGCACACGUGCGAGCAUGUGGAAUUUAAAAUUCAUGAGGAGGUAUAGACCUGGGCUCUGGCCUCAGUCUUCCUUUAUACUAGGAUACAAAGGACUAACAACCUAGUCUCCAUAUGUGAUAGGACAGAUCCACACUGGUUCCUUUCACCUAUAUAGUGAAGCAGCUUCUAUACUUCUGUGAAAUGGUUUGAGGUGUUAAAAGAAUGUCAUAGUGGGAAGAGCUUCUUUUAAAUGGAAUAAAUUCCCUAAAUGUGGCACUGAGCACCAAAGAAGUCAAGUGCCUGCACUUUUUUGUUGCCUUAGUAUUAUCACUUCUCCCCAUUCAACUGCUGAUGAAUUUGUACUUUGUAUGGAUGUCUUUUUUUGCACUUAUUCAUUUGUUGCAUAUUUCUUAUUUUUCCUACCAAAUUGUAAGCCUGUCAAAGAUAUCCCCAAUUCCUAAUAAACAUUUGUUAAACAUAA